GUCAGAUGAGUGUAGCACAGCCCUUUACAUGGGGGGAUGAAAUUUCUUUACUGGAUCCUGAUCCAGAGCUACCCGACCUGAAAUUGCCAUCAAUAGAGAAAUGGAUAGGCGAGACCAGUGCUGAAAAAUUGACAGUGGCAAGCUCACUGGAGAAGCCAGUGUUUGAAAAGACAGAAAUUGAUAAGUCAAAUUUAUAUGGGAAUGAGACUCAGAGUCCAGCAUUGGAUGCUAUGGAAGUUGUUAAUGACAAUUAUGAUGAUGAUGAUGAUGGUGAUGAAGACGAUGAUGAUGGCAGUAGUAUUGUGGAGGAGAACCAAUCUGAUUAUUCCAGUAUCAGGAUUGGGAAGAUUCAAGAUAAUGAAGAUAUAGGCCCACAGAGUCCCACAAGAGGUACAACUCCGAAACAUCCAUUAGUGGCCGCCAUAACACCUCAACUUUCAUCUCAGAGCGAUGAUGUCAGAGAUGAAGAAGGAAGUCUCAUUAUGUCAUCUCCAUCACCAGUAGCUUCCCAGGGUUGUUCUGUGCCUUUUCAAGUGUGUGAUGUUGGAUCAUUCACAGAUGCUGCUGUUCCUCUUGUGUACUGUUCUAGACAUCUGGCUGCUUCUUUCCUACUGACAGGAUGUGCUGGCUUCACAAUCACUGACAGUAAUGUCAGGGUCAGUGUGAAGGCACUUGCUCUCAGCUGCAUAGCCAACAUUCUCCGUCUUUCCCCCAGUAUUAUAUUUCUCAGCGUAGACAAGAAUAAGGAACCCACUGGAAUACAAGAUGUACAUGGCUCAAAUGGUGUUCAGACUUUGAGUGAUGUGUUAUUGUUUGCAAGUCAUCCAGAUCCACAACUUCGUGGCAUCACUAGCACUGUCAUUGGCUGUUUACUUCAGUCAGCUUUAAUACAGUCUGGUGGCAACUUUCGCAAAUGGGUGGAAACGGAGUGCAAGCGGAAUUUUGGUGCAAGUGAAAUUUCAGUCCCAGAAUUAACGAAACUGUUGCUUAAAGGUUUGGAAGACAAAUCAUCUGUGUGCUGCCGUCAGACACUUUUAGCAGUGAGUCUUUGCCUGCCUGAGCUUUUGGAAAGUGCAGAGAGUCAGUCUGCUGCAGCCAUACUGAGGGCUUUGCCUCUUUUAGUGAAUAAUUCAUAUUGGUUGGUGAAGGUGAAGCUGGUGGAAGUGGUGGGUGAGUUGUCUUAUGUUACAAUCUACCACGUGAUGGGCAACUCUGACUUCCAAGAGAAAGUGGUUAGUUCCAUAGCAUUUGUGUUCCUGAAGGAUGAAGAUGUCAGAGUGAGACAUGCUGCAGCUAAAGCAAUUGUAAGACUUGUUCCAAAGCUGUUCUUCCCUUUGGACCACCCACAACAGGAUGCAGCAACAGUGAAAGGAGCGGGCUACAGUGAACAGUUUCUGUCUGAAAUGUUGGCACCUUCAAGUGAUUCUAGUGGUUCAUCUGCUUUCCUGCAGCUUACAAAUAUCAAUAGUCUGCCGGCUCCGUUCAGUAUUUACUCCCCUUAUGCAUUGUCUGGAAACUUAAAUGGCUGUUAUCAUCAAAACAUCGACACAGCUCUCUCUAGAAUUGUGUCCCUUUUGUCCCAUUCUUUACUUAUGUCUUCCAGCAAAUAUCUCACAUCUGAACAUCAAAAACAACUCUGGGGUGUAUUGAAGGACAAACAGUUGUCUUCAUGUGCCGAGUUGCUUCUGCUGCAUGUAGUGCGCACACUUAACAUAUUUGUGCACAUCCUGGAAGAACUGGUGCCUACUGUUCCAACACCAAAACCAUCACUUCCCUCUCUUCCUACUGCACCAUCUCUCUCUCCAAUUAAACGCAAAGGCAAAGCUGCAGAAGUAAUGACAGGAACAGCAACAGCGGCAGGGAUAACAUUAGAAAGUGGUCGCACUAGAGGGUUGUCACCUGUGAAGACUUCAUCAGAUAAGGAAGAGAAGUCUAGUGAGGAUAGGAAAAGUGCUCGAGGAACAUUUAUGGGAUUCUUUACUGGUAUUUCUCACUACAUGAAGAUAUAUGACAUGGUGAAAAGUGCUUAUACCAAUUAUAAGGUGAGCAGAUCAAGCUACCAAGUGAGUGAGAAGUUCGUUAGUUUGUUACGUGUGACACUUGAAACAUUAUCACAGUUGCUUGAGGUGGGGACACUUAAUGAAGCAGGACACAUCACAGAAGAAAUUCUUUCAUACCUAAGAUCUACUGUCACAGUAGAGCCUACAGCCACUGUGAAAUGUGUACAGCAGCUUCUGAAAUGUCUGUUUGGCACCAACCUAUCAGCCCAACGGGUUGAACAUGAUGACAGUCAGCGUACCUCAUCACUUUCAUUAAACUGCGCUACUGCUACUCAGAGUUUUGAAGGUUUCUACAGUGUGUGUUUCCAGACUCCUUACAGACAUCUGACAGACUUUGUUACAUCCCCUAGCAAUAAGACACAGAACAAGGAUGAAGGAUACAUGUGGAUGAAUUGUUUGCGAAGAAAGGCAGAUAGGAAAGGGUCUUCAUUUAAAGUUUUCAGUCGUGGAGCUGACAAGAGUUCCCUGGCCUCAUACAUCAGAUUAUUUGAACCAAUGGUCAUCAAGGCUCUCAAGCAGUAUACAGUGACAAGUGAUGUACAGCUUCAGUGCCGAGUAUUGCUGUUACUGAGCCAAUUGGUGCAGCUGAGAGUGAACUACUGUCUUCUUGACUCGGAUCAGAUCUUCCUUGGAUUUGUGCUGAAGCAGUUUGAAUUCAUUGAAGAAGGACAGAUUCCGCAUGCUGAAGAACUGAUACCCCGGAUAUUUUACUUCUUGGUCCACCUGUCAUAUGAGAAACAUCAUUCCAAGUGUAUCAUUGGUGUUCCUAAGGUAAUCCAGUUAUGUGAUGGGUUGAUGGCAAGUGGACAGUCACCAGUCACACACUGUAUCCCUGCGUUAGUUCCAGUUGUGGAAGAUGUGUUUUUGGUUCGUGGUACAAGCAGUGCCAGCAGCUUUGAUUUGAAAGAGCUAGAGACCCAACGAGAAGUUCUGGUAUCCAUGUUGUUGCGGUUGGUGGAAUAUCAUCAGGUUUUGGAACUACUGAGUGUAGUACUUAAUGAGAGCCAUGACAGUGAGGAACGAUGGCGCCGCUGGUCACGCCAAGUAGUGGACACAUUGCUCCCACUCCUGGCGCAGGGCAGAGUGAGGCUGGAAUCUAGGGCAGCCCAACAUUCUCUGCAACGUGUACUUACCUCUGUUGCUCCCUGUGUCCUGAGACCUGUUGAUUCUCUUCUUCGUACUCUCUUCUCAGAAGUUUCACUAGUGCAUAGCACCACAGUAGCAAUGGAGCGAUGGUUGGGUAUGGUCCUGGCCAUCCUUCUCCUGCUAAUAUCUCAAGGUAAAGAAGAAGUUGUGCUUGCUCGCCUGGAAGAACUAGAUCUGUGUCUGCCAUUUACAUCCUCACUUGAAAGACAUGAUCCCUUGAAUGUGGCAGCAACAAUGCCCAAAUGUAAGCAACAGCCACCAGAACAAAUUAUGGCAAGGUUUCUUAUGCAAGUAUUGGGGCUUGUCAGUAACCACAUACACUGUUCUGUGUACAGUCCUCUGGCAGGUGAAGAGUCCUUGUAUCUGCAGGAGCAGUUCUCACAUUUUCUGCUUUAUUGUAUCUAUAUGUUUGAAUCAGGCAGUUACUGUCGUGUUGCUACAGCUGUAAUGCAGAUGGUGCAGCAGGGCAAAGAAAUGGGACGUGAUCCUAAUUCAUGUUUGCCAAUCGAUGACAUCAACAGUUUAUUUUUGGAGUUGGCCCCAAAGUGUCCUAUGCUUAUGUUCAAGUGGUGCUAUCUCCUCACCCUUGUGAAUUUCAGUGACCAGACAUUUUGGGCUCAGAUACUACGCACACAGCCUCAUGAUCUGAUUCUUGAACAGGGACCUGUUCAAGCAGAGAGCUGUGGGCCGUCUCCUUGCAUUAAUCUGGAGGUGGUGCGGAAACUUGGUACCAUCCUGUACUGUGAUUAUGUAUGUGAAAACAUGAAUGAUGCUAAGCAGCUCACAUGGUUGUUGGUGAAUCAUAUUCAGGAGGUGGUGAGUUUGUCAUCUGAGUCCCCCGUACAGGAACUUAUUGCUGCUGUACAUAGGAAUCCAGCAGCAAGUGGAUUAUUAGUCCAAGCUGUAGGUGCAUGCUGCCAGAAACUCAGACAGCCCAGUUUUGUUUGUCGGGUUCUGCGCUGUCUGGAAGGUGUUCACCCGUCUCAAAGUGGUGCUCUUCUCAUUUUGCUCAUCCCACGAUUACUGAGCCUUCCUCAUCUUGCACCUGCACGUCUGGCAGGUACACUGGCAUGUCGCCGAGCAGAAUUGCUUCUCACAUUGCCCACAGAUGAAGUUUCAGCUCAGCUCACUGAGGCUGAUUUGAGAAAACUUAUGGACAUUUUACAUUCCACUUCUCUAGCUAGGAAGCACGGUGGAUUAGUGAGCCUUCUCAGUAAACUAGGAGCACAGUUCUACAAUCUUCCUCCAUUGGAAUUAGACUCAGGCCGAACAUUUGAGACAUCUGAUAUUCGUUCUGUUACUGUGGACAAGACUUGGUUUCUAGCACAAGUGAAAGCCAGGUGCUGUCAGGGUAAUCAGUCUGGAGCUGAAACAGCCCAGCUGCUGAGUAAACUGGAAUAUGAAGAAAUUGUGUCCAUUCUCAGCUGCAAAGAGUUUAACUCCCUAAACCUCAAGGACUGUCUUAAAUUGGGAGUCCAACUUACUCUUCAG